CACCCCUUUCCCCAAGGAGAAAGCACAGUGAGCGACAUUUAGUGCUGCUCAAGAUCAAGAUAGGAGGUGUGUUUAACACAUCACAGACCCUGGUAUCUUGACUUGUGUUUUACUCUUCAGUUUUUGAUUUACUCGUUCAUCUAUCUACUCAAAGCAAACAAGCUCACUUCUUGCCUUGUGAAAGGUCUCAGGAUCUGAACAUCGCUGCAGAAAUUUCCAGGGAGUUUCACCAACAACUUUAAAGAUGGUGAAUGAAUACAAGAGAAUUGUUCUGCUGAAAGGAUUAGCGAACAUCAGUAGUGAUCAAUUUGACUGCUUUAAGUCAUUAAUGUCCAGUGAUUUAAGACUGGAGAGAAACAUGAAAGAGAAAUAUAACAAGAUUCAGAUUGCUGACAUGAUGGAAGAUGGAUUCCCAACUGAUGCUGGAUUGAGCAAACUGAUCGACUUUUGUGAAGACAUACAAGCUCUUAAAGGACUUGCUGAAACCCUUAAAGAAGAGAAAUCAAAAGUAAAAGGAAAAGCACCACUGAGAAAUAAGAAUCAAGAAGCAAGUUCAGCUAUAAAAACACCAACUGCAUCAGCAUCAAAUGGAGGGAAACCUUCUGUAGCUCAGAAAAGAAAAAGUAUGAAUAAUGAAAAGACUGCCGUGAAAAAGGCCAAGGGGUCUGAGAGGCCAAAUCACCCUCCAUGUUCUACAGAAAACACAGCCAGAUGCCAGUCCUCAGUAUUCCAGACCUCCUCUUUGGCUUCAUUCAACACUUCUUUGGAUAAGAACCAAAAGACACAGACCCAAAAUCAGAGCACUGCCAGAGGUGCUGUUUGCAAAAAUGAUGUCAUGAUAGUGAUGGUGCUCAAGGCAACAGAGCCAUUUGUAUAUAAGUCAACAGAACCUGGAGUAAAGAUGAUGUUUCAUGCUACAGUGGCCACUGAAAGCAAGUAUUUCCAUGUGAAAGUUUUCGACAUCAACCUGAAAAAGAAGUUCACAAGAGAGAAUGUCAUCAUGAUCUCUAAUUACCUUGAAUUCAAAGGAAUUCUAGAGAUAAAUGAAUAUUCCUUUGUGCUUGAAGCUGGUUCUGUCCAAAAUAUUAAAGUCCCUACAAGCAUUAUGAAAAAAUCAAAAGAAACUCCCAAGAUUUUUGAUAUUCGCAAGUAUGCCACUGGAACACUGGUUUAUGGGUUAUUUACAUUACACAAGAUAAAGGUGAACCCAAAGAACACAAUCUAUGAAAUGAAGGACGGCACAGGAAAUAUAGACGUUCUAGGGAGUGAGCAAUGCUACAACAUUAGAUGUAAGGAAGGAGACAAACUGCGACUCUUCUGCUUUCAAGUGAAAACAAUUAACAAGCAACCGAAGCUGGUGUCUGGCGAUCACAGUUUCAUUAAGAUAAUCAGUAAUAAUCACAGACAACGUGCAUGGUGGAACUGAAAUCUACCUGUGCUACCUGGCACUGAAUGCAGAUUCUUAUACAAGGCUACUAAGGCUUGAAAAAAACACAGAAGAUGGAGAAGAAGUGGCUACCCACAAGAUCAAUUAAUUCAGUGCUUUUAACGGUGGACAGCUUUUAAAAUAGAGACACCAAGCAACAGGAAAUAAGGAACAGAUUUAGGAGUACAUUCAAGCAUUUAAAUGUCUUGCUAUUUGAUUUGUGAUUAUGUAUUUUCAUUUGCAAAUUUCCUCGUUGCUCUCUUUUUCUAUCAAAAUAAUACUUGAAUUUAAUUUCUCUAGUGUGAAAAUAAUAAAUUUCUUUUUAAAGGGACAUAGUUACAAAAUGCUGUAUGUAGUUUUUUCAAUUCAUGGGUUAACUGCUAGAUACUGGUACUUGUGCUCUGUUGGACACAUAGGAUGGAAUACAGAGAAUUUUGUCAACAUUGAGUUCAAUAUUCUGAUUAGAACUUCCAGAGUAUAGAAUCUAUUAGGAUUCUCUCUCAUUCUGUGGGCUGUUUUUUUCUCUCCAUUGACUGUUCUCUUUACUGUACACAAAUUGAAGUUUUAUGAGGUCUCAUUAGUCAGUUGUUGACCUUAUUCUUGGAUUUAUGAAGUCCUAUAAAGAAAGUCCUUCUGAACAGAACAGUGUUAGCACAGGCAAUAAGGAUCAACAAUUAAUAAAAGGGACAUCAUGAAAUUGUGAAGCUUCUGCAUUGCAAAGGACACCAUCCUUCAGACAAGGAAGCAGUGUACAGAAUGAGAAAAAAGUAUUACCAACUACACAUCUGAUAGCAACCUAACAUCCAAAUAUAUAAGUUACUCAAAACUCCAGAAGAUCAAUCAAAUGAAUAUUUCAAUUAAAAAAUAGGGUGCAAAUUGGGCAUGGUGGUACAUGCCACCUAGUACUCAGGAGGCAGAGGCAGGCAAAUCUAUGUAAAUUUGAGGACAGUCUGGUCUACAAAGUGAAACCUAAACAGACAAUUCUCAAAAAAGGAAAGUAAAAUGACUGAAAAGUAUUUAAAAGAAUGUUCAACUUUAGUAACCCUCAGGGAAUUCAAACCAAAAUUAUUUUGAGAUUUUAUCUUAAGCCCCACUGAACAGCUAAGAUCAGUAGAAUAAGUGACAGCUCAUGCUGGUGAGGAUGUGGAGCAAGGGACACAGCCAUCCACUGCUGGUGGAGUGCAAACAGCUCACGUCAGUCUCCUAUAAACACUUUCAAUGAAAUGUUUUGUUUUAUUUUCCUGAGAAGGCUUUUCCAGACACAAAACCAUAAGAUUGCAUCCUUUUCUCUCUUUAGAAAGUUUAUAGUCUAGUUUUUUUCUUUUUAUUCUAUGACCUGGUUUUUCUUAUUUUUCAG